GGCUGACGGCCACCUGCAGGCAGGGGUGUAGAGCGCCGAGCUCGGAGAACAGAGCUGGGUUAGGGGCUGCUGGUGGUGGUGCGGUCUUUGUAGUCGUUAUGAGUUUGGCUGGUGGCCGGGUCCCCCGGAAGACCGCUGGGAAUCGGCUUUCUGGGCUCCUGGAGGCAGAAGAAGAAGAUGAGUUCUACCAGACGACUUACGGGGGUUUCACUGAGGAAUCAGGAGAUGACGAGUAUCAAGGGGACCAGUCAGACACAGAAGAUGAGGUAGACUCUGACUUUGACAUUGAUGAAGGGGAUGAACCAUCCAGCGACGGAGAAGCAGAAGAGCCAAGAAGGAAGCGCCGAGUGGUCACCAAAGCCUAUAAGGAGCCUCUCAAGAGCUUGAGACCUCGAAAGGUCAACACCGUUGCUGGUAGCUCACAAAAGACCCGAGAAGAGAAGGUGCUGCUACCUCUAGAACUGCAGGAUGAUGGCUCUGACAGUCGGAAGUCCAUGCGUCAAUCUACAGCUGAGCACACUCGUCAGACAUUCCUUCGGGUACAAGAGAGGCAAGGCCAGUCACGGAGGCGUAAAGGGCCCCACUGUGAGCGGCCACUGACCCAGGAGGAGCUGCUCAGGGAGGCCAAGAUUACAGAAGAGCUCAACUUACGUUCACUGGAGACAUAUGAGCGGCUGGAGGCUGACAAAAAGAAGCAGGUUCAUAAGAAGCGCAAGUGUCCUGGGCCCAUAAUCACCUAUCAUUCAGUGGCAGUGCCACUUGUUGGGGAGCCGGGCCCCAAAGAAGAGACUGUCGAUGUGGAAGGACUUGAUCCUGCUCCCACAGCUUCUGCAUUGACUCUCCACGCUGGGACUGGACCCAUCGUCCCCCCUACUCGCUGCUCACGUACUUUCAUCACUUUCAGUGAUGAUGCAACAUUUGAGGAAUGGUUCCCCCAAGGACAUCCCCCAAAGGUCCCUGUUCGGGAAGUCUGCCCAGUGACUCAUCGUCCAGCCCUAUACCGGGACCCCGUUACAGACAUACCUUAUGCUACUGCUCGAGCCUUCAAGAUCAUCCGCGAGGCCUACAAGAAGUACAUUACUGCCCACGGACUGCCACCCACUGCCUCAGCCCUAGGCCCUGGCCCACCACCUCCCGAGCCCCUCCCUGGAUCUGGGCCCCGAGCCUUGCGCCAGAAAAUUGUCAUCAAGUGAAGAGAUGUCUAGUCUUUGCAAAUCUCUUUAUGGCCCUGACUCAGGGCUCUUGACUUCCCCCCUUUCUCUCCCUGUUUCUUUUUUUUUUUUUUUUUUUUUUUUGUAGAGACAGAGUCUCACUUUAUGGCCCUCGGGUAGAGUGCCGUGGCCUCACACAGCUCACAGCAACCUCCAACUCCUGGGCUUAAGGCAAUUCUCUUGCCUCAGCCUCCCGAGUAGCUGGGACUACAGGCGCCCGCCACAACACCCGGCUAUUUUUUGGUUGCAGUUUGCAGGCGGGGUUUGAACCCACCACCCUCGGUAUAUGGGGCCGGUGCCUUACUGACUGAGCCACAGGCGCCGCCCCUCUCCCUGUUUCUUACCUUGUCAUCUCUGUUCUUUACCCAGGCCUUUUCUUCAUUUCCUUCUUCACUUUUUCCUCUAGUCCUACUGGUUUUGUUGUGUUUUUUAAAUCUAAUAAAAUAGAAAAUC